AAUAAAGUAUUAACAAAAAUGACAGUAUUGGCAUUCCUUAUUUUGAUUGGGAUACAAUUUUCCCAAGCGGUACCUUCAAAACAGUCUAUUCGAUAUGAAAUAGAGAAGCCGGUUCUUGCAAAAUGGGAAGUAGAAGUGAGAGAAAAUUCUAGAGAGACAGGAAUACUGAACUUAUUGCAAGUGAUUAUCGAACUUCUCACAAACAUUGUAGGAAUCAUGACUGGUUCCUCAGAUUUAGAUGAUCUAGUAACCGCUGUCCAGAACUUCUUUUUCUCUAUAGAAAGAAUGGCGAAUUUUCGAUGGAUUGUGAAUCAGAUUCCUUUCUUUGGACAACUCUUUUCACCAAUAGUGGACUCAAUUGAUUCAGUAUUGCAGAAUACUGACAUGGUUGGGGGACUAUUAUCACAAAUAAUUGUGGGACCAGAUACCGGUGCCAGAUUAGAACCAGAGCCUCAGACACCACCUCCAAAAAGAAACCUAUUUGGGUGAUCAUGAAUGUUGCUAACUGAGAACUCAGGAGUGGAAUAUAUUCUAUUAAUUACUUAGUUUGAUAAGCGAUUUGUUUCAGAAGUCAAACUUUUUUCGUUAGUGAAUUUGUUUGUACAUUGAAAAAUAUGGAGAAUGAUUGUUUCAAUACAUUUCUUUUUUGUGUCAUGUCUCUCAUUGUACAUUUUUAGUGUUUGGGGAAUAAACUAAACUACCGAAUGAAACAGUUGAUGAAAUAAAUAGUUUUUCUGUCA